GGAAAGCUUUUCUCUCCCGACCCAGCUAGAACCACACAGACCCGGCCCAGAAGCCAUCCUGAGCCAGGACAAGACUAUCUCAGACCCUUUCACCUUUCCCAUCCCCGUCCCACCGCAACAGAGAGGAAGAGGAGGAAGGAGGUUAUUCUUAACCAGGACUGGAGACUAUGGGAGGCGAACACUCACACCCGGAGUGGGUUGAGGAAAGGUUCCGUUUUGAUAGGAAGAAACUGGAGACCAUGCUGUAUGGUGAUGAUGGAAACUAACACCCAGGUGAAAUGGCCAUCCAAGCUGAAAAUAGGAGCCAAGUCAAAGAAAGACCCCCAUGUGAAAGUGGAAGGCAAGCGUGGCAAUGUUCUAGUGGCCAAAAAUAACUUCUGGAGACAAAGUUAAGUGUCCUAAACUGAGAUUUAAUCCUAUACCUAACAUGUAAUGUAGCCAAGUAAACCGACUAUAUACAGUUAGUAAAAAAAUCACGUUCUCCUGAGUCAGGUCAACAAGGUGACCCUGAAGAUGGAUGUGGCUCACACAGAGCACUCUCAUGUGAUCGGGAAAGGGGGCGGGAACAUCAAGAAGGUGAUGGAGAUGACAUCAUGCCACAUCCACUUCCCUGACGCUACUGGAGAGAAGAGCAACCAGGUUUCCAUCGCUGGGCUUGUCCAAGGGGUGGAGGCAGCCAGGAAGAGGAAAUGAGAGUCUCUAACGUUACAUCUUAAUGCAUGGAUGGCUUUUAUUUCACAUUAUUUAUGUGAUCUAUACAUCAUCAUGACCUCUCACCCCUCUCUCUUCUCUGCCCAUCAGGACCUCCAGCCUCUGGUGUUGACCUUUGACCUUCCGGUGACCCUGGUACCCCAGGCCCUGCCGGACGCAGUGUUGCCGGUCAUCCAGCAGGUGGCACAGGCUCUGGGGAUCAGCAUGAGCUUCAGGGCUCAGCCCAGACUUUAUAGCAGCUGCUGUGUGGUCAGAGGACUGAGUCUCACAGAUAUACAGAGAGCCGAACAUGCACACACACACCACACUUUCCCCUUUCUCUGUCUCACUGUUUUCUCUGUUUCUCUGUGACUUUUAGAUGCACUUCCUUACAUUAAUAAAGAGAAACCGUGACUAAAAAGGGAAUAAUAAUUGAAUAUGAUCAAUUAUUAGCUCUGCACACAUUACUUUCCCCCUCUAACUCUGCCCUUCUCUCUCCCUACCCUAACAGAAGGCAGUGUGUGUCCUGAUGGAGCUGAUGCUGGGGUCAGAGGUUGGGGCUGGGGGUCAGGGCGGGGUCACGGGGGUGGUCAGCCCCCAGCUGGACGUGACCACCCAGCAACACCUCUUCCUGCUGGGAUAGAAUGGAGCACACUUCCUGGGGGUCAAGCAUCAGACCCAGACCCAGAUAGUCCUGCCAGACCUCAGCGCCCCUCAGAACCCUCCCUCACUCAUCCAGGGCAGCCCAGACGGAGUAUGUCUGGCCAGGCAGCAACUCAUGGGGAGGAGGGUCACAGUUCACUUUGCUCUUUGUAAUGGUUAAUUGAUAGAUGAGAUGAACUCUGACCCCAUGCUGGUCAGCAACGGGCUGACCAACUACUGGCUCAACAUGCUGCUGCAGCAACUCUGCCUCUCCGACCCCAGUGUGUGUGUCUUUUCAUAUACUGGCUCAGUGCCAGCCCCCGAGUCUUUGAUUGGCGCUCUUUCCCAAACUAAGCCCUGCCCGUCGCCCCCACCAGGCCUGACUCUGCCCUCUGAGGGAAUGAGGAUGGGGCUGAAGGGGACAGAGAGCAGGCAACUGGAGAAGAUCCCAGAGAACGAGGAUCUGUCCGGCCUGUCGGACGAGAACGAGAGCCCUGGUCCGAUGACAUCAGAGCUGAGUGAUGUCAUGAGCCAGGUCAGGAUGAUGAGUCGGAGGAGCAGCCUCCAGGGUCCUGAAGUCUGCGGGUUCCUCAACCAGGGGAGACGCCAGUCAACAGGCCAGGCCAUGACCAGGAGACUGCUGGAUGGAGAGAUGGAGGGAGGAUGGAGUGAGAGACGGAACAGCCUGAGAGAGAUGGAGGGAGGGAGGAUUGAUACUAGAUGGAACAGCCUGAGAAAGAUGGAAGGAGGGAGGAGUGAGAGACGGAACAGCCUGAGAGAGAUGGAGGGAGCACGGAGUGAGAGAUGUAACAGCUUGAGAGCGAUGGAGGAAGGGAGGAGUGAUACUAGACGGAACAGCCUGAGAGAGAUGGAAGGAGGGAGGCAUGAGAGACGGAACAGCCUGAGGAGGGACGUGACUCAGACUCAGGACACUCUCUGUGACGCAUCAAGGAAUGAGGAUUACGACUAUGAGAUGAAGAAACUGCUGGCAACCCAAGUCUCGUGACCAGUCAGAUCAGAAUUUCCCCAAUUGGGCUGCCUGUAUAAACGCAGCAAAAGAUCAGAAUUGUGCUGCCUAUGUAAACGCAGCCUGUGUGUG